CUUGUUCACCAGAGCCCCUGAUGGUGGGGAUGGACUUGGAGUACCCCGGGACCAGGUCGCCACUACUGAGCACACCUGUCUGUGGUAGGGGUGUUCGCCAGGGGCUCCAACCAGGGAGAGCCAGAUGUGAGGAGGGAGAGCCAGAUGUGAGGAGGUCGGGUAACCCCGAUGGGAUGGAUGGCUGACCAAGUGCGAAGUCAGACGGGCCGAGUUGGUAACGGAGAGGACGGUAUGGUACAAGGGAGCGGGCAGAGAAUCGUCAGGUCACACGCCAGGUCAGCAACAGUCAGGCAAAGCAAGGGUCAGAAUAGGAGAAAGCAGCAAGGUCAGGUACAAUCCGGGUCAAAACUUACAAGGUACAGGUUCACAGGAUGCAGGGAA